AUGGAAACGUUCACAGACGUGCUGCUGGUCACCGCGAACGUCGGCUCGCUCUUUGACAACGUGGGUGAAAUUCAAAAUGGGUGGUUACAAGAACUGUAUAAGACGAUCCACAAAUGCAAGCCUCAGUUCGUCGCCCUGCACUUCCAGGAGGUGGGAGGGAAGGACUACAUGGUCAACAUGAGCCAAGCUGAAAGCUUCUUCUGGAACAUUGAGUCCAGUACGGAAAUGAAGGACUUUGACAGAGUUUGCGUUUAUGUUGACAACGAGUUCCAAGCAGAGGACAGCUUCACGGCUUUGGGAAGCAUGUACUUCAUCCACAAGACACUGAAAGACAUCUAUCAAUAUGACUUUAAUGUCAAAGAGUUCAAAGUGGUGGUGGGGCAGAACAAGUACGUGGGCUCUCUGGACAGGGUCGCCACCGUGGAGAAAGAAAAAUUCCCAAAGAAUUUCUGGCCUGAUUUCAAGUGGUCUAGAAAGGGCUUCAUGAGGACCCGCUGGAUCAUACACAACCAAGGUUUAGACCUGGUCAACGUCCACCUGUUCCACGAUGCCUCCAACCUCGUUGCCUGCAAUUCCAGUCCUUCCGUUUAUUCAGCCAACCGUAAAAACGCCCUCAGAUAUGUGGUCAACAGGAUAUCAGAUAACCGCUACACAGCGAUGCCUUUUUUCCUGUUUGGAGACUUCAACUUCCGUCUUGAUACUCUAAGUCUGGUUCAGCAUCUGUCCACUGAAGCAGAUGUGCAGACAGUAAAGAAGGACAGCACUAAUGAAGUGGAGAAAAUCAUAUGUGAAGAAAAAAACAAUGACCACCAGGUGCUGCUUCAUAUUGAGGAGAAGCUGUUUUCCUACCUGCACCAGGCACUUUUCAGAAAGGACAACGGCCAAGCACUUUGGAAGUAUGAUAAAGAAGUGGCAACCUUUCACGACGUUAUUAAAGAAGAGGAGAUCAGGUUUCCACCCAGCUAUCCCUACAGUGAGGACUACACUCAACCAACGCAGUACAUGAACACUCGCUGUCCCGCCUGGUGUGAUCGUAUCCUCAUGUCACACGCUGCCCAUGACUGCAUCCACAGGAGCAAGGAUGCUGAUGAGAAGUGUGUUGUUUACAACACAAUGGGUCCUAAUGUCUGUAUGGGAGACCACAAGCCUGUUUUCCUGUUUUUCUCCCUGAAGACGGACAACCACUGACUGGGAUCCUUCUCAACGGUUCAAAACCCGCCGUGGAUAAUCAGCCCAAGCAUCAGCCAGCAUCCUCAGAGCUGUGAGCUCCCUGCACAAGCAUCACUGGUCUUAGACCUCACUGCUGCACACUGUCCACCUCAGCUCCAACAGAUUUAUGUUAAACAUAAAUCAUAACAGAUAAAGUGCACAUAUUUAUCCACACCUACGCCCACUCUCUGAGCUUUACUGGUUCAAAGGUCUCAGCUUUGU